GAGACGGUCGAUUGGGAGAGAAACUUGGAUGGAGUCUGAUGCGUGGGAAAUGGAUUUGUCACUGUUCGAUAUCGAGUCAAAAGAGAAAGCUCUUCUCGAACAAAUGCAGGCAUAUCAAGCAAAGCUGGACGAACUUCGGCGUAUAAGAAAGUCUCAGAGAAGAAGACCUAAAAGAUUACCAUCUUCCGGUUCACUCGACUCCGUUCCUUCUGGUACCUCGACAACUGCUUCAGAAGCUGCUCCACAAUACAAAAGAGUUAUUUGUGUGAGCUUGCAAUUGCCUUCGGAAGGAACUUGUUCAAGUAGAUCGUUGUUUCAGACAGGACUUGCGAAUGGUAUUAUUGAUUUCCAGUCAAUGAAUAAUUUGCCUUUUGCUUUUGUUGGAUGCGCUCCUUCAACAACUACAGUGGGAAGUCCUAAUGCAACAGAAAAACGGAGGUUACAUGGAGAACAGUUCUUUCCUGUGCUUUUACCACAAGAAAGUUUUGAACAGUACUUUUCAUUUUGUAGACAAAUCUUGUGGAACUUGUUGCAUUACAAUUUUUCAAAGCUACUAAGUAGCGAUGCAUUUGAGUUGCACAGAGGAUGGGAAGUUUAUAGAGAAGUUAACAUUCAGUUUGCAGAAGCAGUUUGUGAAGUUUAUGAAGACGGUGAUAUGAUUUGGAUCCACGAUUAUCAUUUCAUGUUACUUCCUGAAAUGAUUAGAAGUCGUCUAUGGUAUGCAAAGAUUGGAAUAUUCUUAUAUACACCGUUUCCAAGUUUUGAAGUGUUCCGGUCCUUUCCUUGGAGAACUGAAUUGCUCUCUGGAUUGUUGGGUUCGAGUUUGGUUGGUUUUCAUAACUACGACUCAUCAAGACACUUUUCGGAGUCCUGUUCACGUCUCUUAGGUACAGAAGGAACUCCAAAGGGAAUUGAAGUUCGUUCGUUAAACGCAAAUGGUCAUCUUUGUGAAAUUGGAAUCUAUCCGUAUGGGAUCGAUAUAUUGUCACUGCGCAACUUGGCGAAUAAACAGUCUGUAAAGUCGAGAAUGAACAGUCUUAAAGAAAAGUUUUCAGGGAAGCAAGUCAUUGUUGGUUUGGAUAGAUUGGAUGAUCAAUUUGCUGGUAUUCCAUUGAAACUUUUGGCUUUUUAUGAAUUAUUGAAAAGAAAUAGAAAAUGGCAACAAAAAGUCGUAUUUGUAGAGAUCGCAGUUGCCUCAGAACGACCAUCUCAAACCUGUCUCAAACAAGCAGAACAUGUUUACGAACUCGUUGGACUUAUCAACUCUGAGUUUGGAACUUUUGGUUUUUGCCCUCUUCAUUUCGUCAACAGGGAACUUAGUCCAGAAGACGUUUGUGCUUUAUUGUCGAUUGGAGAUAUUUGUAUAGUUUCUUCUACAAGAGAUGGCAUUAGUUUGGUUUCUUAUGAGUGGGUAUUGUGUCAGCAUUCAGGCAAUCACGGUGUUUUGGUUCUCUCCGAAUUUUCAGGAUCAGCGUUAUCUUUUUCUAGUGCGCAACACGUAAAUCCUUGGAAUACGGAUGAACUGGUAUCGGUUAUUGAAAAUUCUCUUUCUAUGACUCGUCAUGAGCGAAAAUUGAGACAUGACGUGGCUUAUGAUUUUGUCUCUACACAUACAGUUAAACUGUGGAGUAAUAAUUUUUUACAAGACCUGGAAGAAGUGGAAGAUAAUCGCCUUAGCACGAAGCAAAUUGUAUUUUUGGAUCCCAACAAAGUUGUGGAAGCAUAUCGAAACGCAAAUGGAAGACGAAUCCUAUUUUUGGAUCACGGUGGCACUUUGGCUCCAUUUCAAAGUAUUGUUCCUUUGGCUGGUCCUGGGGCUUCAGUCGUGCGUAAUAUACAUCGAUUGGCGUUGAAUUCACAAAAUGUAUUGAUGAUUGUAUGCGAGAGAGAUCGGACAACGGUAUCUCGCUGGUACCAGAUUCCAACUUUUGUAGAAAAUGAGCAAAGUUUUCACAUUUCUUCUUCAUUCAAUAGCUUUGUUGGUGUAGAACAGUUUUCUGAUGCUAAUAAUUGGAAACCAAUAUCUUCCGUAUCUGCAUCAGCAUCGGAUUCCUACUGUUCCUUAUCCACCAUGGACGAUUCCACUAUACCCAAUGCAGGUUCCAAGAUUGGUCUUGGUUGUGAAGAUGGCUUUUUUAUUCGACGUUCGGGAAUGGAACAAUGGGAGGAGUUGCAUAUCAAUGCGUUCAAAAAUGUGACACAUUGGGAAAGUUAUGUGUUGCCUAUAUUACAAAAUUUUACGGAGCGCACACCAGGUUCAGUCAUUGAGAGAGGAGAAGUGUCUUUGACAUGGUAUUAUCAAGAUUCAGACCCUGACUUUGGAGAGUGGCAAGCGAGAGAAUUGCAUAAACACUUGGAAAGUAUUGUUGUGCAGCAUUUGCCAUUGGAUAUCGUUACAGGAGAUGAACAUUGUCGUUGGUUGAAGAUACGACCAAAUGGUGUGAAAAAGUAUAUAGCAUUGGAAAAAAUAUUGGAAAUGAUAGACUACGACUUUGAUUUUUUGCUUUGUAUCGGAGAUGAUCGAUCAGAUGAGGAAACCUUUGAAUGGAUACGUAGUAAAGAAUAUGCGGGUUGGGAUAUGGACAAAAUAUUUACUUGUAGAGUUGGUCGUGAUUACCAUAGCAAUGCUAUGUUUAUGGUGAAUAGCGUUCAAGAAGUUGCCAGUUUGUUGGACCAACUUAUAGAUGGAAAUCAAUCAUAGCGCAUCCAUCGACUCGAAUGGUGAUUUCGGAACUGCUAGAAAUGUGUC